AUGCAUGUGGUGUUGGUGUUAAUUGGCCUUGUAGUGCUCAGCAAAUGUGCUCAGAACUGGGACUUCGCAGACUUGUUGAGUCUUUGGGGUGACAGGGCCUCCUACCUGCAAUUAAAGGGUGCAUGCAUGGUUUGUAUCAUGUCGCAGACUCCCUUGGUAUCGAUCUGUAAGGACAACUACAGCUCCAGUGGUAAGAAGAGCCGUUGGGAUGUGCAGGAAGAUGAAGCUGCAGGUGUCCAUGAUGCUAUGCAGGAGAAUGAUGAAGGGGAGGAGGAAGAGGAGUUGGAAGAGGAUGAAGAAAUCCCUUUAGAGGAUCUUCCCUGUGAGCCAGUACGCGAGAAUCCUCGCAGCAAGGCAGUGAAUCCCCCCAGCAAGGCAGUGAAUCCCACCAGCAAGGCAGUGAAUCCCACCAGCAAGGCAGUGAAUCCGUCCAGCGAGGCAGUGAAUCCACCCAGCAAGGCAGUGAAUCCACCCAGCAAGGCCCAUAGCUUCGCCAGUGACAGAAGGCCCUUUCAUGAUGACAGCCGCAGGUCCAUGACUAGUUUGGCAAGCAAUGCUUCUUUGGCUGCGACAGUGAUAGAGACACCGGAGCGGCUAGUGAACCCCAUCGUCCCAAAAGAUGGGAUGCUGACCCCAUCACCUGUUUCGAUGAAUGUUGUGACGAAGGAAGUGCUUCUGGUGGUCGAUUCACCACUGAAGGUUGUUAAGGAGGAGCCGCGAACGAGCCAGGAACAUGCCGACGGCCAGGCUCCGCUGCCUCUUUUUGAUCGGGAGGCUGCACUCCAGGAGCUGGCGAUGCUUGAGGUGGCAACGGAGAGCCAGCUGAUGGAGGCAGCUGCACAGCUUGCAAAGGUUACCAAUGGGGAGGACGGCUUGCAGGAGGAGACUGGGAUUCCUGUUCAAGAGCAGGUGGGUGUGCCGAAUGCUGUGUCUGGGGACCCUGAACCUACUGUGCCUCCCGCCGUGGCCGUUGAAACGGCGAGUGCUGUUUCUGGGGAGCCUGAACGUGGACCUAUUGUGCCUUCCGCUGUGGCUGUUCCAGAGGCGGUGACGAGUGACGUGGCAGCUGAAAAGAAGGCUAAGAAAGCAGAAGAGAGGGAAAACCAAAAGGAUCGCAGAACAGCUGCUAAGAGCAAGCCCAGCAAAGCAGCUGAAGCCCCACCAGACCCGGAGCCUGAGCAAAAUGAGGAGGCUGCUGAGGCUGAGGAUGAAGGGCACCAGGAAUCGGGUGGAAAAGGAACACGUGGCCGUGGCCGUGGGCGCGGCCGGGGUGGCGGGCGUGGAAAGAAAAAGCUUGCAGAUGACAACAAGGCUAAAGGUGUUGAAGCUAAGGCUAAGGAUGAGGGGCGCCAGGAAUCACGUGAACCGGGAACACGUGGCCGGGGCAAUGGACGUGGCAGGGGUGGCAGAGGCAAGCGUGCCAAGAGUUCGGCAACAAAGGAGGACAAACCUGCCAAAAGGCUCCGGGGAAAGCAAGCAAAUCGUGCGGGUGAGGCACCAGAGGAAGAGAUGCCCCAGGAGCCCAAGAUCACCAAGAGGAGGAGGAAGGGUGACCUUGCCUUGAUUUUGGAGGAAGGCAAGGCCAGAGCAGCGAGCAAGAAAGCAGCAAGGGAGGCAGGCAUCUCCCCUGAAGAGGAGGCAAAGUUCUUGGACGAGAAUGGUGGCGAGGAUGACAACCAAAGAACGGCCCAGUUUCUUUAUGCGAAGAAGCAGGAGAUCAAGGAUUUGGCUACGAAGUGGGAGCUUCCGGAGCUGUCCAAACGUGGCAAAGCCACGUCCUGA